AUGGCAACAGCUACCGCUCAUCUUUCCUGUUCACCGGUGCACGUUGCGGCUGCAGCGGACGAGCGUGCAGCUCCAAGCGUUAGGAAUGUUUCAGCCAUUGGCUCGCUGAAGCGGUUCGACGGGCUGCGAUGCCACGGGGUGACUGCUAGGGUUCAGCCUGCACAGGUCAGGGUAGCGCAGAGGAGGCUAACAACAGUUUCGGCCACAGCCACGUCAGCAGAUGCGCCUGCAGCUGUGACGUCUUCAUUUAUUGGCGUAAAGACCGAAGAAGAGAUGAUGGAUGCGAUAACCAAAGAGGCCGCCACGUAUCGCCUGCCCGAACGCGUGGUGCUGGGCAUGCGCGACUUCUACCACUCGUACGCGAAUGCGGUUGCGUCCAGCGGAAUCGAGAAUGCAGAGCAGCUGUCUCUGGAGAUCAUGUCAACCGUCUUCGACAGAAUCAUGUUCCAACUCAGGGAGCGCCACCAGUUCGAAUCGCACCAUCUGGCCGUGCGGGAGCCUUUCGACUACUUCGCCUUUGGGCAGAACUAUGUGAAACCCCUCAUCAACUACUCGCGCUCCUACAUCGGCAAUGUGAAGAUAUUGGACCAGAUUCAAGCCAACCUUGACGCUGGCCACAACGUGGUGCUGAUGACAAACCACCAGACAGAGGCGGACCCGGGUGUCAUCGCUCUCUUGCUCGAGAACAGCCACCCUCGCCUCGCCAAAGACAUUACGUAUGUGGCAGGCGACCGAGUUGUGUUUGACCCCUUCUGCAUGCCCUUCAGCCUGGGCAGAAAUCUCCUGUGCGUGCACUCUAAGAAGCACCUGAACGACGUGCCAGAGCUGGCAGAGCAGAAGCGAGCGGAGAACCGCAAGACGCUCAAAGUGAUGGCAAAGCUGUUCAAGAAGGGAGGCAACUUCGUGUGGAUCGCUCCCAGUGGCGGCCGCGACCGCAUCAACCCGGAAACAAACUAUGUGCCUCCGUCCCCGUUUGACUCGUCUGCUGUGGCGCUCAUGCACCGGCUCACAUCGGAAUCGGGAGUCCCCAGCCACCUGCACCCCACCGCGCUCUACUCAUAUGACAUCAUGCCGCCGCCCCGCACUCUGGAGAAGGAGCUGGGGGAGAAGCGAAUCAUCGGCUUUCACGGCGUGGCAUUUAGCGUGGGGGAGGAGUUGGACUUCGGUACCGUCACAGCUGACAUUGAGGACCGCAGGGAGGCUGCGGAGAAGUACAGCGACGCGCUGUUUGCAGCAGUGGAGGAGCAAUACGACCUGCUGGUGCAGGCGGUGCAGGAGAAGGGACUAGAGGCUUCCACAGAUAAAGUCAAGCUGGAGCAAACGUGGCUGUAG